AUGCACAAGCUGUACAUUGAUCUAGGCGACAGCGUGACUGCCGAGGACUUGGGAAAAACCUUUGACGACCACAAGAUCCCAUACUCCGGACAGUUUCUAAUGAAAACCGGCUAUGCGUUUGUGGAUUGUCCGGACGAUCACUGGGCCAUGAAGGCAAUCGAGACGUUUUCUGGUAAAGUGGAACUUCAUGGGAAACGCAUUGAGGUCGAGCACUCCGUCCCCAAGAAGCAAAGGACCAGGAAACUGCAGAUCAGGAACAUCCCACCCCACCUACAAUGGGAGGUGCUGGAUGGUCUGUUGGCCCAGUGUGGAACCGUAGAGAACUGUGAACAAGUGAACACAGACAGUGAGACUGCAGUGGUCAAUGUCACAUACGCUUCCCGGGAGCAGGCAAGACAAGCCAUCCAGAAGCUCAAUGGAUACCAGUUUGAGAACAAUGCCCUGCGCGUCUCCUACAUCCCAGAUGAAAUCUCUGAGCUGGAGGGAGGCCAGCGGGGGCCCGACAACGGCCGGCGCCCUGGUUAUGGGCCUCGCGGCGGGCCCCGUGGUGGGUCCCCGAGCUCCGGGAUGCCCUCCAAACCCCCACACGCCGACAUCCCUCUGAGGCUGCUGGUACCCACGCAGUAUGUCGGAGCCAUCAUCGGCAAGGAGGGAGCCACCAUUCGCAACAUCACCAAGCAGACACAGAGCAAGAUUGAUGUGCACCGCAAAGAGAACGCAGGUGCUGCUGAGAAGCCAAUCAGCAUCCACUCCACCCCUGAGGGCUGCUCAGCCGCCUGCCGCAUGAUCCUGGACAUCAUGCACCAGGAGGCUAAAGACACCAAGACCGCGGAUGAGGUUCCUCUGAAGAUUUUGGCUCACAACAACUUUGUCGGACGCCUCAUUGGGAAGGAGGGACGCAACCUGAAAAAAGUCGAGCAAGACACAGACACAAAGAUCACCAUCUCCCCUCUCCAGGACCUGACGCUGUACAAUCCAGAGAGGACCAUCACAGUUAAAGGCUCUAUUGAAGCCUGCUGUCUGGCCGAGGUGGAGAUCAUGAAGAAGGUCAGAGAGGCCUAUGAGAAUGACAUCGCUGCUAUGAAUCAACAGACUCACCUGAUCCCUGGGCUCAACUUGGGCGCUCUUGGCCUCUUCCCCUCUUCCUCCAACAUGCCCCCACCUCCUGCUGGAAAUGCUGUCACCAGCGCCCCCUAUGGCUGCUUUGGGGCUCCAGAGCAGGAGACAGUCCAUGUCUACAUCCCAGCACAGGCGGUGGGAGCCAUCAUUGGAAAGAAGGGACAGCACAUCAAACAGCUGAGUCGCUUCGCUGGGGCCUCCAUCAAGAUCGCCCCGGCUGAAACUCCAGACUCUAAAAUGAGGAUGGUGAUAGUGACAGGACCCCCUGAGGCUCAGUUUAAGGCUCAGGGCAGAAUCUACGGCAAACUGAAGGAGGAGAACUUCUUUGGGCCCAAGGAGGAGGUCAAACUGGAGACUCACAUCAAGAUGGCAGCAGCCGCUGCAGGAAGAGUCAUUGGAAAAGGAGGCAAGACGGUGAAUGAGCUGCAGAACCUGACAGCAGCUGAGGUGGUGGUCCCCAGGGAACAGACGCCUGAUGAAAACGACCAGGUCAUCGUCAAGAUCAAUGGACAUUUCUACGCCAGCCAGUUGGCUCAGAGGAAGAUCCGGGACAUCCUGACCCAGGUCAAACAGCCACAGAAGGGCGGGAUGGGCAUGGGCCCCAGCCCUAAUCCCCAGGGCUUCACAGAGAUGGGCAGUCCUACGCAGGGUCUGACUCAGGACCACCAGCCGCGCAGGAAGUGAGGGUAUCCACAUCCUCCUCAAACGCCGUGGGGCACCCCUGCCUGACGGACAGACGGACAGACACAUGCACGGACGGAUAGACAGACGGACAGAUACAGGAGAGCGACACACGGACCCAGCGAUAGACAGGGAGAGAUAUAAAGAGGGAGGGAGUACGCCCGAUAACCAGAGAGAAAGAUAGGUGUUCAGAGAGAAGGAGAGAAGAAUAAAAUCAAAAGAUGAAAUGAAUAAAAAAAGAGGAUUAAGAUAAAAAGAAACUUGAGAACAGAGACCAGAUGCCAGGCCAGAAGAGACACUGAUUGAAGAUGGAGGGAUAAAGGAAAGGAGGGUUGGAGAAAGGGAGGGGUGGUGUCCUCCUAGUGUGCCUUGGUGUAGGGCUGCAGCCAGCUCCUCGUCUGUUGAAACUUUAACAGAUCCUGCAUCAGGUGGGUUUAAACAACACGGGGCGACAUUAUUCACCAUGUGUGGUGGAGCCGUACCGCUCUUGUUUACACCUGUCCACGUGGGUUCAGAUCUAGUGCAGAGGGGUGAGGCUGGCUGGACAAAUCUGUGUUUCCUGAGACACACUAGCAGGGGGCCCAUUUGCCCCUCUGUCGCCCCCCCCCCUACAGACCUCUCCAACCAUCUGCAGUCAGUCCUAUAUUUUAAGGGUGGUUUUUUUUUAAACAUAGAGAUAUAUGUAUAGAAAUGUUUUAUUCAGAGCUAUUAUUGAUAAUAUGCAGUGAGGCGGAGCCGGGAGAGGGGGCACGGAAACCGCUGCAGCGGCACAGGGGGAUAGGUCACAGGUCUGGCGCAAGCCCCACCCACCCCUAACCCCUGAGCCAAUGAGAGUCUGGAAGAGGGGCCGCAGAUGUUAACACUGCUCUUCAAAGACCUCUCUGAAUAGCGGAGAGAUUAGAAAAAAAAAAAAAGAGAGGAAAAAAAAGAAGAAAAUAUGAGGUUGUAAAUAUAUAAUCUUCAUGUAAAUGUUAAGAAAUGCUGCGUCUGGCCGUCUUGCCUUUCUUCUAAAGGGGUCUUCUGUAUAUUUCCCCAGUCCCUUGUCUAUGAUAUGUAGCAUAAUGUAGCCUACAACGAGGCCAGGGGCUGGGGAGGCACUGAGCACCCCUCCACAUUUAGCUGUGUGACGGAAGGCGCAGCAAGAGACAGUAAGGGGAGCGGAGGUCGCAGCUGGUCCUGCAGUUCUAUUGCAGCGGCUUAGCUCACACAUGUGAAACCAUUGUACAACAGCUUUGUAAAAAAAAAAAAAAACAGCCAGCAGCUAUGCUAGCUGGCUAGCGGCCCGCACCUUAAAUGGCAUAUUUUAUAUAUAUUAUAUAUAUAUGAUAUGUGAGUUAGCCCGGCCCCUUGGGUGAAUGUAUUGAAGGCAGGGAGCCUGGUGUGAGGUUUCGCUGCACCUGUAUGAAAAAGUCCUGCGAUGACAGACAGACAAGGUGUGUCUGAGACUUUCUGCUCAUUGCUUUCUUCUAGCGCUGGAUAUGCUCAAGGCCAGUCUUGGACAGGAUGGCAUUUUCCUCAGAAGAGCUGGGGGUCCUUAAGACCAUCCCUGCUUUAACGUCAGCUUUGUCUCUGACAAACAUGGCCUCUAACGCUUGUAGUAAUAAAAGAGGUCCGAGGCUGGCCUUGGCCCAAAGAGGCGAAGUCUUCCAAAAGCUCCUUGCCUUGAGCUCAGAGAAGGUAAAAUCAGACCGAAAAGGGGAGCGGCUUCCUCGUUCUCUCUCCCAAUCUGCCGAAGGCCUGUGGGCGGAGCCUCCAGACCCUGCCUGCGUAUGAUAAUGAGGGGCGGGGUCUACGCCUGGACGCUCUCGCCAAGAUUAGAACAGAUUAGAGAAGAAAUGAAAAAGAAAAAAACCUACCUCAGGGUAAAGUUACCUCAGUAUUCCUAACUUUUUUUUGCUUGCUGGUGUUUUAUAUAAGAAGAAAAAAAGAAAAGAAGAGCUGAUAGUCCUGAAUAUUUUUAUUUUUUUAAGGAAAAAAGUAUUUUUUUUUAGGUAUUGUCUUGUUGCUUUGGUUAUUUUUUUCUGUUUUUUUUUUUUUUUUCCUUUGGUGUGAUGAUGGUUGAAUGAGCUCAGGAUGACGAAGAGGCCGUGUUUUUUUUUUUUCUUAAAGCAGAGGGAGAUAAAAUGCAGAGAGGAAAUGGGUCGAGUGCCAUUUUGCCUUUUGUAGGUGAGAAAACAUGCUCUCUGUCUUCCUGAAGUGUGAUUGGAGCAGCCUGUUGUCUGAAGCUAAAAAAAAAAAAAAAUUGGCCAAUGGGGAGUGGUAUAAACUCGAGAAGGGGUCCUGAAGUGCACACGGUGACCAAACAUGCCACUGGGGUCUCUUUCCACUGACCUCAUGUCAUCAUAGGGGUGGGGGGGUGUUACUAGUGAUUAUAUCAUACAGAGUGACCGGCACAGUCAGACAGCCUCAUCCUCAGGUCACAUUAAGUCACUGCGAGUCCCUUUUCUCGUGGCUACUGGCCCACUCUGAAGGACCCUCUUCUCCUGCCUUAUUGUGAUGACAUCAUCAUGAAGCGCCAAACAUUAUGAGAGGGCUUUAAGUGUUCCAAAAUAACAACAAGAGGUUACUCACCCUUAAAGAGGACAUGUGAAAGUGAGCUUUCGAGCCCGAUUUCAGCCUGUCUUUCUUUACCUUUCUCACCUGGAGGUUGGGAACUUGUCAGAUCAGAGGUGUGUUGAACGCAGCAGUAGAGGCCCGUCUAUACAGUGUAACUGCACGUGGAGACAGGAGAGGGCUUUCUGCCUGCACACACAGACACACACACACACACACCUGAACUAGCUCUGAUUUCUCUGAAUGUGAAUAUUUAUUACCUGUGCACUGACCACGACACCUCAGAUGCUCCCUGUUGGCUACAUGCAUGCAUGGGUGUGUGUGCGCGCGUGUGUGUGUGUAUGAAAGUGAAUGCAGGUGUGUGUGUGUGUGUUUGUGUUCACUGGUUUUAAAUGUUCAUUUUUGUCAGGGGAUGUGGUGAAACUUAUAAAAAAGCAGAAAAAAGUAGGACGAGAACCUAUGGCACCUCCGUCUGUGUUCCAACUGACGGAGGAGGGAGAAAUCUGAGAACCUUUUC